UAAUGUACAAACUUACUGUAGUCGGGAUCGAAUCCGGGACUCCGGCACUGCAUUCACUGUAAGGCAGCAACUCUACCGCUGGAAAGUUAAAAUCCUCCACUGUUCUCCAUCUAUUCCAUUAAUCUCACACCUGCCUAUGAUCUCCCUACACAUUUCCUCCUCUAACCUGCUGACUAUUGGGGAACCUAUAGUUCAACCCAUCGAAGUGAUCACCCCUUCUUAUUUUUCAGUUCCCCAUUACAGUCUCCUUGAACGAUCCUCCAUGAAUAUCCUCUCUAAGUACUGCUGUGAUGUUCUCUCAAUCAAAAACUCAACUUCCCCAUCUCUCUUAUUUCCUUUUCUAUCCAUCCUGCAGCAUUUGUAUUCCAAAACAUUGAGCUUCCACACGAACCCUCCCUCAGCUAUAAUCAUGCCCUGUCUUAUUUAUCUUAAAUGACCAUCUCAAAGUAUUUACUUUGUUUCAUCUUGCGUAUUUAAUAAAGGCUUCGGGCAAGAAAAGAACCGAGGAGAACGAACCCCCAAUCAACUUUGAAAAAACAGGAAAAGCCAAGGCAAUAAUGGCCAAGGCACGGCUGCAACACACACACAGGGACCAGGUUCUGAAACCACCACCGUGGAUUCCAAAUACUGCAAGUGGACUCUCCGUUAUCUGUAGUGUAAACACCAAAAACAAGACUGCUUGGUUUGAGGCAAUGUCAUCAGCCUACAUGACCAGGCAACCUCAUGCUCCUACAGGCCAGAAGUAUGACCAGUUUGCAUGGGACAGUGGGCUCAGUGCCAGCGGCCCUAGUCCUGUGACCGUACAGCAGCGAGCAGUGAGCCAGCGCCACGCUCUUCCGAUGAGCAUCGUCGACCGGCAGCAGUCGUGGGAUCCCCAGCAGGAGUCCAUUGCCCCCAUCAAGCUGCACCCGCUUCCCUUCGAUGCAGAGCUGGCGUGCGCAGAUACACUGCGGCGGUAUUUGAGUGACUACAGCUGGAAGCCAGGUAGUUUGCCUCUGAGACGUGCUCCCUCCGCAAGCAUAGCAACCCUAAAUCGGUCUCUGAGCACGCACUCAGCAUCCAGCCCCAGGGCUGCGAUGUCGAAUCGACAGCUCACUUCAAAGUCAGCAGCUCCUCACCUGGAAGAUCUAAAGCCAGUGGCACCACCGGAUGUAACGAGUCUGGCCGAUGAUGGAUUAACCACCAGGCUGCCAACAGAAGCUAAAUCCAAGCCAGUUGCAGCCGCAGAAGCAGGCAAUCCCCUGGGAUCAAUGAUGUCUUUCACACAACCUGUCUCCGUGGGUUCUGAGAUGACUGAUGAUCUUGGUGUGGGAGCGGCAGAGUGUGCCACAGCUGCAUAUCAUUUACACAUUGGGGAGCCAAGUUCUCUGCCUCAGGGCCAGGAUAGACAGGAGAUGUGCAUGGGAACCGAUGUGCCAUCAAGGAAGAACAUCAAAGCUCCCCCUGAUGUCAACAAGUCUCCCACGAUGGCCCAGAGUAGCAGUGGAUCCAGGGCACCUGUGAGCGAGAGGGGAAAGCGGGCCCCACCAGUCAUGCUCAGCAUGGCGACAGCCUCGCUGGUCAGCCUGGACACCGUGCUGGAGCAGAACGAAAGUGUGAACAAUGUGGAGGAUAGGCUGUACAAGGUUGCACUUCCAUUUGAACCCCAUCCAUCAGCUCCUCAAAUGAUCAGCGCCGUAGUGAAUCGCAAGAGAAACAAACUACAGAGAUACCCGAAGUUCCCAGCCAGAAGCAACACACUCAUACUACCCAAAGUGGUGAGCGGGACAACAGUGGCAAUGCACCAGCCCAGCAGGGGACCUUCAGGUACAAGGCAGCCAUUGGACCCCCCUGCCACAGAAGGCACCGAUAGGCACAGGCAAGCACCGGGCAGAAAGCCGCCAGAAUUGCAGGAAAGGGACUCGGAGUGUGAGAGGCCGCGAAAGAUGGAACACAAUCUGCUGGUGGAAUCCCUCAAAGACCCGUUGUCUACCGCAGGCAUGUGGCAGGAUGGCGAGCAGCAAACACAACCCGCUAAUCCUACAGACACCAGCGCUGACACAUAACCACUGGAUCCAUCUUUCAAUUCCGCUGCCAUCUCAUCAAACACGCUGCUCCGCCUGAACCCCAACCAACCCCACACAUCUCCAGCAACACCCUCAUCAGCCUCAACCAUUUCUACCACUAUAUUUUUGGAAAGAAUCCAUUCUAUACAGUCAAUGUCAAAAUGAUUAUAUUUUUAUAUUUGAUCUGUUCUCAUGUGUGUGUGUGUGAGAUACUUGUGCAGUGAUGGCCUGCAUAUUACACUGUAAAUGAAAACCUAAUUCUGUAAAACUCUUAUUAUCCAUUUAUUGUGUGUGUUUCAUUGCUGUUAGUGGUCCAGCAAAGAUUACACAUCCACCAUGAAACUCAAAAAGCCACUGAUAUUGGAGCAUGCGAGAAGUCUCUGCCAAGCCUCACUCAUUGAUACAAACGUCCUAAACAGAAACUCUGUCCAAUUCCCGGACACCUCGUGCACCAAAUUCAAUUUUGGCCCUGGUCUCUAUCCUGCGUGAAACUCCAGACCAUUUCCCUGAAUUGUGUCUGCAUUAAAUCCCAGUCCUCAUCCCCACGUUGCAUCUUGCAUCAUAUUCCUCCACUCGACUCGCUCAAUCCCUGUGUCAGGACUGAUUUCACUGGUUGUGCCCCUUUAAUGAAUUUUCCACUCACCUUACCCACUCUCAGCAUUGAACUCCAACCUUUCUACUAAUCCCACAUUUGACUAAAUUGGUAUCUGUUUAUGCUAUCCAGUGACUGAAUUCCAAUGCCUGUCCAAUCCACUAUCUGUUUUGCAAUCUGUAUAUAGUCCUAUUGAAUUCCAUUCAUGCAAUUCCCAUUAUUGUAUGGAUUAAAUGUGAUACUGAAUCCCAAUUUAUACACCAACUCAGUUUACAACAUAACCCUUGGUCAGUCAGUAACGAGCUGUAGAACAAGAAGCUUCCCACAGACACAGGGCACAGCACCAUUCCAUAGUCUGGCCUUCAAACUAAUGUGAACAGCUCAAUGCAACCCGUGCAGGCACAUGAUGGCAGCAGCAGUCUUGAGCCUCCAUCUACACUGCUUUGUCAGUCUCAGACUUUGCACAGCCACAACCUGGCAAAUGUACAAUUAGAGGAUUCUCAUUUAUUCAAAUAAAUUGGAAUGAUGAGGAUAUUGUCCAUAUGGACCUCAGCAAGGUAUUUGAUGUUAAACAUGUUAGGCUGCUCUGGAAGGUUAAAUCUCACGGGAUCCAGGGAGAGCUAGCUGACUAGGUUUGGAAAUAGCUUCUUGGGAGAAAUCAGAGGGUGAUGGUAGAAGAUUGUUUUCGGACUGGAUGUCUGUGACUGGUUGUAUGCUUCAGGGAUCAACUCUGGGCCAAUUGCUGCUUGUAGUUUAUAUCAAUGAUUUGGAUGAGAAUGUAGAAGGCAUGAUUAGUAAGUUUGCAGAUGACACCAAGUGGGUGAUAUCGCGGACAGAGAUGGACAUCAACAAUCACAGCAGGAUCUUGAUCAGUCAGGCAAGUGGGCAGAGGAAAGUGCGAGAUGUUGCAAUUUGGGAAGUCAUAACAGGGCAGGACCUUCAUGGUGGCAGGGCCCUGAGGAGUGUUGUAGAUCAGAAAAAUCUAGGAGUGCAGGUACAUCGUUCCUUGAAAGUGGCAUCACAGGUAGAUGGGAUGGUUAAGAAGGCUUUUGAUACGUUGGAUUUCAUCAGUUAGGGUAAUGAAUAUUGAAGUUGGGAUGGUGUGUUACAAGACAUUGUACAUUGGUGAGGCCAUGUUUGGAGUAUUGUGUUCAUUUUAUGGUCAGCCUACUAUAGGAAGAAUGUUGUUAAGUUGGAAAGCGUGCAGAGAAGAUUUUAUGAGGAUGUUUCCAGGACUUGAGGGCCUGUGCUAUAGGGAGAAGUAGGGCAGGCUUGGACUUUAUUCCUUGGAGCUCAUGAGACUGAGGGAUGAUCUUUUUGAGUUGAAUAAAAUCAUGAGGUGAAAAGAUUGGAUGAAUGCACAGAGCCUUUUGCCCAUUGGGGAAUCAAGAACCAGAGGAGGUGUUUGAUUUAAUAGGAACAUAAGGGGCAACUUUUUCACACAGUGUGUUGGGUACAUGGAAUGAGCUGUCAGACGGCAGUCACAGUGGCGCAGCGGUAGAGUUGCGGCCUUACAGCGAAUACAGCACCGGAGACCCAGGUUUGAUCCUGAAUACGGGUGCUGCCUGAACGGAGUUUGUACGUUCACCCCGUGACCUGCAGGGUUCUCUCCGAGACCUUCGUUUCCUCCCACACUCCAAAGACGUACAGGUUUGUAGGUUAAUUGGCUUGGUAAAUGUAAAAAUUGUCCCUAGUGGGUGUAGGAUAGUUGCUAGUCGGCGCGGACCCGGUGGGCUGAAGGGCCUGGUUCCGCGCUGUAUCUCUAAACUAAACCACAAACUAAAAGGAAGCAGGUAUUAUAGCAACAUUUAAAAGACAUUUGGGCAGAUACGUGGAUAGGAAAGGUUCAUAGGGGUAAGGGCCCAACGCAGGCAGGUGGGGGGACUAGUGCAGGUGGGGCAUCUUGGGCGACGUUGGCAAGUUGGGCCAAAGGGUUGGUUCAGUGCUAUAUGACUCUAUGCCUCUAAUACCAUUCUGAUACAUGGCCAUACAAAUAAAGUGCAAGUUAUUCUGGCUUAGCCCAUUAUGAAGAUAAUGUAAUUAUCUACCAAUAACCACAACAUAUUCCUGCCUGACCCCAGAAAGCUUUCACCCCUUUGCUUAUCAAUAAUUUGUCAAUUUCUUCUUUCAAAAUAACCAUAGACUCUGCUUCUUCCAUUCUGUAAGGAAUUGUUCCAAUGACCCUCUGAGAAAAAUGAAUCAUGCCUAAUUUCGGACUUAAAUUAUUUUUAAAAGCCACAGUUUAAUUUGCUGCUGAAGAUGGAACCUCUCACAAUGAAGCGUUUUCUCAGUCCUGCUUCUCCCAGAGUGUAGAACCCCAUCCACAGUUUCCCGACCACACAAUAGUGCUAUCUCAGUGCGACCUCUUCAACAAAUCAGACCCGAGUUCCAUCCUGACCGCGGAGUUUGUACAUUCUCCCUGUGACCACGUGGGUUUUCUCCGGGUGCUCUCGUUUCCUUCAACAUCCCAAAUAUGUGCAGGGUUGUAGGUUAAUUGGCUUCUGUAAAUUGCCCCAGUUUGAUCAUAAGUGAUAGGAGCAGAAUCAGGCCAUUCAGCCCAUCAAUUCUACUCUGUCUUUCAAUCAUGGCUGAUCUAUCUCCCCAUUCUCCUGCCUUCUCCCCAUAACCUCUGACACCUGUACUAAUCAAGAAUCUAUCUAUAUCUGCCUUAAAUAUAUCCACUGACUUUGCUUCCACAACCUUCUGUGCAAAGAAUUCCACUGAUUCACCAACUUCUGACUAAAGAAAUUCCUCUCAUCUCUUUCUUAAAAGAACGUUCUUUAAUUCUGAGGCUAUGACAUCUAGCCCUAAACUCUUCCACUAGUGGACACAUCCUCUCCACUUCCACUCUAUCCAAGCCUUUCACUAUUCUAGUUUGUAGGAUGUGGAAGUGGGAUAACAGGGAACUAGUGUGCGGGUGAUCGAUGGUUGGUGUGGACUUGGUAGCCGAAGGGCCUGUUUCCACCCUGUAUCUCUCUGGUUAAAAAACAAGGUAGGUAAAUUCUAUGUUCAGGUGUAAAGAAAGAUGAAAACUGUCUUGCAGUGGGUGGCACAGUGGUGAAGCUAGUAGAACUGUAGCUUCUCAGCCCAGUGACCCGGGUUCAAACCUGACCUCCAGUGCCAGCCAUGUGGAUUUAUUACAUUUUAUGCCAUAUGGUUGCCUCCCAUAUUCCAAAGAUGCAUAAUUAGUAUGUUAAUUUACUAUUUCAAAUCAUCUCUAGUGUGUAAGUGGGUUGAUGGCAACGUGGAAAGAAUAAAAACGUGAUUAAUGCAAUUGGCAGCUGAAGGUCAACAUAGGUUGAAUGAGGGAAGGGCUUGUUCCUGUGCUGUAUGACUUUGUAAAGGGCAAUAAGCAAAGACUCAAGGUUAUACAUUGGACUGACAGUUGUUCAACAGACUGAUUACCCAGUCUAUGUUUAGUGAGUCUGACGUAAUGAACUCUGCAUUGCGAACAGGAAGUAUAACAUAUUAAAUCAGUGCCAUGUUUGUAGGAACAGGAAGAUAGGAAUGACUGGAAGUGAUAAAGCCAGAGUCGAGUUCAGAUAUUGUACUGAAAAACAUAUUUCAAUUUGAUCGUGAUCUAGAAACUAAGAAACGCAGAUGCUGCUCACAAACGAAAAACACAAAGUGCUGGAGUAACUCAGUGAGUCAGGCAGCAUCUCUGGAGGAAAUGGAUGCAUGAUGUU